AUGAGUUUUGACUCUGAGAGGAUUCAAACUCACGCCAGUUGCCCCGCUCUUUCUGAGGAAGGUGUGACAAAUAUAUAUUAAUAUUACAUCUUUAAGUAAGUCCCUUCUCUUGUGUGUAUGACUACUCUUUGCCCUACAACUGACUGGCCACUAGUGAUGUGGAAGAGGAGUGGUGCAUACGUGCCCUUAUCGGUCUAAGUCGGUCGAGCCCUUGCUCGUGGUUACUCCUUGAUUGAGCUUCUAACCCGCUUAUAGGCUUGGGUGGCCAGUGGGUCCCCCUCAUUUUGUCUUAUUUUUAUUUUUUUAUUUCUUUUUCUUCAUUUAUCUCAAAAGUAAGACUAUAAAAAUUAUAUAAAUUUAUGUAAAAUCACAUAAUUACUCAAAAAUUCAUAUUAAUCAAUUAAAAACCACUUUUCACACUUUAACAUAAAUAUAAGUUUAUUUAUCAUGAGUGAAGGCUAAAACUAUAUUAUUUACUAAUUAUUAACUCAUGAUAAUGAAGAUUUAUCAAUACUCAUGGGGAUAUUUAAUAUUUUAUAGAGAAAAAUCGUAAUAAUAUUUAUUUCCUCAUUACUAUUUUUAAUUUAGUUAUUUUUAUUUUUAAUUCUAACAAGAUUUUGAACAAAUUUGGAAGGCUUAUGAGUUACAUUCAAUUUGGUUCAUUGGGUAUUCACUCAACCAGUGAAUUAUAUAUUCUUGAUUAUUUAUCAAUGAUUUUUAAACCCAAAUCUUCUAAAUCUGUGAGAUAGAAUCUUGAACGUAAGUUUCCAUCCAUAAGAUUGAAAUUUACAAAGCCAACAAGGUAUAAUUCUCCAUGUAAUAAUGCUCAAAAGCUCAUUGUAAUAUUAUAGUUAUCAUGACAUUAAAGAUGUCAAUAAUUUUCCCUUGAAUUAUCUUUACCCCUCAUGGAUUAGUGUAGGGGAUUUGAUUCCUUUACUUAAUUUUUCAUUACUUUAUUGUCUUGUGUGGGUUUUCUUGUCGAAUCAUUCUUAAUCAUUCAGGCCAGCUCUUACUUGUUUCCUUAGAUUGGGAAGGGUCCCUUUGGAAGUCCUUUGUCCUACUCAGGGUUGGGGAUGCGACCUAGAAAAGCUGCACUUAGAACCUUGGAAGUUUUCAGACACAUUUAGAGCAAUUCAGGAUAGUUCUUCUGAUGGUGGAUGUCCAAGGGAGAGCCAUAAGCUGGUGAAGGAUUUGGGUUGCACCUUCUCAAGUCAGCUCAUUGCUCUGCCCUUGGUCUAG